AUGGAAGAUCUGGCAAAGGACAUCCCACCUGCAUACCUCGAUAUCAUCAAGCACUCCGAUCUUUCGAGUUUGACACGGACCCCGCUGAUGUUCCGAUAUCCGUGGGACAUCCUAUUCGGAAACCUAGCCCGAUCAAACGUCACGGUGGCUGGAGACGCUAUGCACCCGAUGACUCCUGACUUGGGCCAGGGUGGAUGUUCGGCGCUCGAGGACGCAGUGGCAUUGGGGAGGCACAUUGGGGAUUCAAUUUCCAAGCACGGCAAACUAAUGACCCAAUAUGUCGGAGUUGCUAUAGGGAGGUAUGCAAAGGAGAGGAGAUUGAGGGCGGCGACACUGGUAACAGCAUCGUACUUGACGGGAUGGGUGCAACAAGAUGCGUCUAGUCGAUUAAUGAGGUUCCUAAGAGAUGUAUUCCAUAGGUUCCUCUUGGCUAGAGUAGUGAGUGGCAUUGCAGAAUAUGAUUGUGGGAAGCUUCCUAGUGUCUCCUCAUUGCCUUCAUGUGAAUCCGAAAGCUCCAUCUAG